AUGGUACUUAACAUUUUUCAGAAGAGGGCUACAGGGUCAACUACUUCAGAUUUAGGGCACGAUGAGUUGCAAACACCAAUAAAUCAUCAUCAGCAACAACAUCCUUACAAACCUCAGUAUCCCAUAGUACAAAAGGCAGCAACUACCAGUUUACUACCAUCCCCAAGACUACAGAAACCACCACAGGAGCAGCAGCAGCAGCAGCAACAACAACAACAACAUAUAACUAGCCAGUCACAGACAUCUUUACAGUCACAAAAGCCUAAUGCUAGUAGAAGAAGAACAUACAUUUCCCAUCGUAUAAAUCUACCAUCAGCCAACAAGAAUAGCACACCAAGUCCCCCAAUUAACACCAAUAGCAAUUUCCCUACUAUUGCAGAAUCCCCUAAAAGUGGUACAACAAGUCCACCAAGUGAAGCAAUCAACGAUCAUACUCCAGGUCCUUCAAAUCCACCACAUCCACCUUCAACUGAAACUAACACUUCUGUCACCGGCACACCAUCACAAUCACCCAACCUUGUAAAUACGGCAAAGCUCAAAAGAGGCGCAUCGCCCAAGGAGUCAGAAGUUGCCAAAAAGACACAAGUCGGCAAUGAUGUUCUUAAUCAACGCCGAGCUCGUAGAAUGAGAGCAAGAUCGAGACCAAAUGGAGCAAAACCUACAACUAGAAGACAACAGGAAAGACGCAAUUCUAUUGCAUCGAAGGAGUCGGGAGGAUCAAGGGAAUCAGUUAAUUUGCUGCGCAAAACUACUAAUGAAUCUACACAAUUGAACAAACAGCAACAACAAAUGCGAACAUUGAUUGAUAAGGAACGUAGAAGAAAGAAUGUGCAUUCAAGCCAGCUUAAACCUAGACUUACAUUACCAUACCCAGUGAAUGAUGAGAUUAUUAGCAUUAUAAUUACUGACGAAAUAGAUGAGCCUGAGGAAUUAGAAGGACAACUGCUGGAACAGUAUUCAGAUGAAAAUGAGCCUUAUCAACCUCGAUCCCAGAUUCGAGAGGAAUCACAUGAGAUCGACGAAGAAGAAUUUUUUCCUGCUGGAUUUGAACCAAUCAAUUCAGGAAGCUUUAGAAUUGGAAAUAUACCUGGAAACUACAGAUAUUCUCCAAAAGACUCGCCACACCUUAGUUUUGCCCCUUCCACUCCUCGGGAUACAAGAAACGAAGUGCACAAUGAUACAUUACAACAGUUGACAGGUCGACUGGAAUCACCCCCAACUCACGACUCACCACAUACUAAUCUACAGUCGUUUCCAAUGCAACCAACUUUAUCGGAGCAAUCAACUUACCAUAUGGCUUCUGAUGACUUUUCAAUUAGUCGGACAGAAGCUGUGGCUUGUAUCUUGGAAAGAACCGGAAGCACUGCCCAAGGCAGCAGACGAGGCCAACGAUAUCAGGAAAUGAGACGUAAUCAACGUGCUCAACGCUCCCAUGUGGGGCCCCCUCAACAAGUUGGUGGUUCUCAUGAGGAGUCAAGUCUGGAGUAUGACAAUUAUAGAAUAGCAGAUGAUAUUCACCAUCAUGACAACUCCUCUAAUCAAUCAAGCAACCAUGCCGGUGCUGCAUCUUCUCAAACCCAACGCCAGUCAUCUCUGUCCCGUCAAUCAACCAUCGAAGACACCCGAGCUCGAAUUAUUGCCCGAUUAAACCAACGUAUAGACCCAACAAUGUAUCAUAAUGAGCAAUCCACGUCCACUUCUGCUAUGAGCAAUGGGGCACGACAGGAAGAAGAUGAAGCACCCCCACCAUUAGAUGAAUACGCACACCUAGCAGAAGACCAACCAUCCACUCCACCAUACCGGGAGCGACUCCAUAAACGUGUUGAUUUGAUUUCGUUUGAUCCACGCUACGUAACGCCAGUAUUACGUAUCAACAAGAAAUUAAUUCGUACGCCAACAAAUUUACGCAAAACGAUACGUAAAUUGAUUCAAUUGAAAAUUGUUCCUGAAGAAAUCGAUUUGUGGAAAAUCGAUCGAAUUGACGAUGGUCAAUUUUAUCAAGUAUUGCCGCAAUUAUUAAAUGGCGAUGAUACCCAAGAGGAAAUUCGGGCAAUGAAUGAAGCAGUGAGAGUGGCUCGUGAACGGUCAGAAUUGGAAUUUGAACUGGAAAUUCAACGCGCGUUGGCUAUUUCCAUGGAAGAACAGACUCAACGACAAUUGUUUCAUGGGUUUAGGUAUAAUGGACCAUCGCGGACUCAAAAUCAAGCAACUGAGCCGAAUGGGUCAGGUUCAACAGGAAGAAGUGAUGGCCAAGAGGUUAAUAACGAUGAACGAGAUCGAACAGUUGGCGGUGACACUACUGAUGACGUGACUGACGUGAGUGAUGUGUUUAUAAAUGUCGACGACGCAUUAAGGAUAUGGCAGCAACAAGAGCAACUGCCAGAAAAUGAACCCAACCAUAAUUUACAACCGCAUACGAUGCCGGGUUCAUUCAAUUAUUUGGCGCCGGCACAUGCCAAUUCUUCAGUGUCGUCGUACAUGACUGCUGUUUAA